CACUCAUUAUCUUUUCACCUUUGAACUCUGAACUUUGAACAAGUGUUGAAUUCUUGCUUCUGAGUUUUAGACAGUUCGUAUGGAGAUCGAAGAACACAAAACCAUAUGGAAAUCAGAAGAUGAAGAUUCAAUGGUGGCGGCCACCGUGGGCCGAGUAAUGUCCACCGUACUCACCGCUAGACCUACCAAGCUAAUCGACUCAAUUUCUCGUCUUCAAUCAUCUCCAAACCCUAACAAUUCACUCGCUCUAUCGUUAGAGAACUCGUUACGGAUUCUUCACAAGUAUGUUAGGGAUGGAGCUGAGAAGGAAGAGUCUCUUGAUGAAAUCCUGAUACCUAUGAUUGAACAUUCAUUAAGAAGUAAAGAUUCAAAACACAAGAACCAGGAGAUGAUUCUUCUUAAUUGGCUCUUUCAAGAUGAAGUUCUUUUCCAAGCGUUGGCAAGAAAAUUUUCUGAUAUUUUGCUGAGGAAAGAGGACCGUCAUAUCGCGUUGGGCUGGUGUAUCCUUGCACGCCGUCUCAUAGAGUAUGAUGUUACCAUGAGUCGGUUUUCAGUAACCGGGAUAAAGGAAAGGUACACCAAACUCUUGGAGAAUCUUUGUUUGUGUAGUGGUCAUCUUAUGUCUCUAAUAAACAAUGGGAGUAAUUUGCAGGGUGGGUUCGAGUUACCGACACGUCUUUCAGUGGCUGCAGCAGAUUGUAUUAUAGCUCUUAGUGUCGCAUUGGCGAAAAAGGAAAUGGUUUCUAAUCCUUCAAAAGACAAGAAAAAGCUAUCUAAAUCUAGUCAACAAGUUAAGCCAAUCAGUCAAACUUCUGAGAUCACAAGGGAUAUGGAAAUGCGCUUGUUGCUUUGGAAUCUUGUAGAUCAUCUCAUUAUGCUUGUGCAGAGACUCCUUGCUUGGAGCAAGAAAAGCCGGUCUUUACAUGCAAAAGGAUUGGAAAGAGUUUUGAAAUGGCUACGAGAGACAAAAAAGCAGUAUCAUUCUUCUCAAGAUCAGGCGGGUCAACGUAUGGUAAAAACUGGCAUGUUGCUUCUAUCAUCUUGUUGGAAACACUAUGGCGUUCUAUUGCAUUUGGAAGAUCACCAAAUUUCUAGUCGUUACAAGGAGUUACUGGACCAGUAUUUGUCUGGUAUUGAGUAUUAUGCAGGGAACUACACGAAAGAUCAAAAUGAUGCUAAUGAUAGUGGAAUAUCAACCAUAAAUUUCUUCUUGAAUUGCUUAUUGCUUCUAUUGGGCCGUUUUUCUUCAAAGCAGUUUGACACUGCAAUGAUGGAACACAGAGUGGAUAUUACUCGUGUUGUCGCAUCACAGCUUUGUUCAGCUGAUGAUGAUGUCAUCGAUGGUGCUGUUUCAAUUCUAAAAGCAACCAUUUUUGGCACAAACCAUCUUCAAUCUGGGAGCAAUCUCACAGACAAUAAACAGAUGAAAUCCGUGUUGCCUUUAUUAUUAAAUCUUUUGGAUGAACGUGAUGGUACAGCCAGAGCUGUUGUGACAUUAAUUGCUGAAUAUUGUUCAAUGAGUGAGGAUAGAUAUUGCCUUGAUCAAAUUCUAAAGCGUCUUGCUAGUGAAAAUAUCAAUCAAAGAAGGAAUGCUUUGGAUGUCAUAUCAGAAGUCAUCAACAUUUCAUCAGAUUCACCCUCAAACCUUUCACAUCCGGUUUGGCAGGAUAUAUCAAACCAUCUACUUGAUUGUCUUAAAGAUGAAGAAGAUCCAAUUCGUGCACGUGCAGACAAACUACUAACACUUGUUGAUCCGUCAUUGGUGUUGCCUGCGCUAGUUAAUCUAAUUUAUUCAUUGGACGCAACAUUAUCUUCAUCUGCUACAACUACGUUACUUCGCGUUCUCACAUCUCACAACCAGAAACCUGAAGUUAUCUCCUUGUUGCUAGAUUGUUUAAGUAAUCUCGAUGCAAGUUUAGAUCAUCAGAAGACUGCAGAGAACUACAUACCAGAAGGAUUUAAGGGUGACGUGGAUAAAGUUCUCAAGCUGAUACCAGAGUGGUCUAGAUCUGUAGAAAAUUGGAAAUUAUUAGUGGGGCCACUAGUAGACAAGAUGUUUGCUGAGCCAUCAAACCCGAUCAUGGUUAAGUUUCUAAGUUAUAUAAGUGAAUAUCUAGGAGCAACAGCGGAUAUAGUCUUCCAACAAAUUCUAUUACAUACGGAAUCACAAACAGAAAUUGAUGAAAACUUUAUGAGUGAACUGGAUAUAUCCGGUACAGAAAAUGAUAUAAAGUUGCAGCAUUCUCUCUUUAAUCGUCUCUGCCCACUGCUUCUUAUAAGGCUUCUUCCAUUAAAAGUUUUUAAUGACCAAAAAUCUUCUCUUGUUUAUGCUGAUCUUCUUGGUCAAAAUAAUAAUAUACACGAUAUCAGUGAAAUGAGAUGUAUUGCGUCACUUCUUCUCAAAAGGACAUUUAACAAGUUUGAAUUUGAAGAUGUUAGGAAACUUUCAGCUGAGCUCUGUGGACGGCUUCAUCCCAAUGUUUUCUUCCCCGCUGUUUCAUCUGAAUUGGAACGUGCUACAAACGAUCAUGAUAUAUUGAAGAUGAAAGCCUGUCUCUUUGCAGUUUGCACAUCUCUAGUGGUUAGAGGCGUGGAGUCUGUUGAUCAUCCAGGCAUGAGUCGUGUCAGAGAAUCAAUUAAAACUGUUCUGUUAUGGCCCUCAAUAGAUGGUGAUGAAAUUUCAAAAGCUCAGCAUGGAUGUAUUGAUUGUCUUGCAAUCGCCUUGUGUACUGAGUUUCAAGCUCCAAAACCCUCGAAGAAAAAAAGCAUCAUUCAAACUGGAAAUAGUGGCACUGUUACAUUUCAAGCUUACGUGCUUGACCUGUUGACUUUUGAUGAGCACAAUAUAAUUUCCUCCAACUGGGAGCCACUUAAUCAAAUGUCAGAAAAGCAGUUACUUUCAUUCCGUCUAUGCAUGGCCAAUGUCCUCAUCAGUGCUUGUCAGAAGAUUUCAGAUUCCGCUAAAAAGUUAUUUGCUUCGAAAAUUCUGCAACGCAUUGUUCAUUCCGUAAACGUUUUCGGGCUGCUAAGUUUUAAUGCCUGGUUUUAUCAACAGAAUGUGAAGGAACCCGAGAUUAGGGCUGCAUGUAUCCAAGUUCUUUUCUCCAUCGUGUACCAUUUGAAGUCUGUUGUCCUUCCCUACUCAUCUGACCUUCUCAAGGCCUCGUUGGAAUCUCUAAAGCGUGGGUCCGAAAUGGAAAGGAUGGGUGGAGCCAAAUUACUGGCAUCGUUAAUGGCAAGUGAGGAAGCGAUCGUGCAAAGAAUUUCAGAAGGAUUAUUGGAAGCAAAAACCCUACUCUUAGAUAUAUCUCAAACAGAUUCUUCACCAAGUGUCAGACAAUUGUGCUCACAAUUGCUUGCAUGUAUGACGUCUACCUAGAAGUUUUGAAGAUUAUGGAUCUCACAUAUGUAAAUAUAGACAUGUUGACCGCGUAUUUCUGCGUUGCAGACGCGAUUAUUAGUAACUGAAUCGGUUUGGGUUUAAUUUUUGGUACAUGUUUAUACAUUACUUGUCUAUAACUAAAAUCAUUAAUAACCAUGCAUGCGUAUAUUAAGUUCAUUUA